AUGUUUUCAUCGUCUCAUCAGGGUUCUUUCAAGAAACUGGAGAAGCUGGGCCAGGGAACAUAUGCAACGGUUUAUAAAGGACGCAAUCGCGAGACAAACGAAUUGGUGGCCUUGAAAGAAAUCAAUCUCGACGCUGAGGAAGGCGCUCCUUCAACGGCUAUCCGGGAAGUCUCAUUGCUGAGACGCCUCACACACGAGAACAUCCUGACCCUGCACGAUGUGAUAAACGUUGAAGACAAAUUGGUGCUGGUCUUUGAGUACAUGGAUCAGGAUCUAAAGCGCUACAUUGACACUCAAAAUAGCCCCCUUGACACCGUUACGGCAAGAUCUUUUGUCUAUCAGUUGCUGCGCGGUGUUUCUUUCUGUCAUGAGAACGGCAUCUUACAUCGAGACCUGAAGCCCGAGAACCUACUCCUCAACCAGGAUGGGCGACUAAAACUUGCGGAUUUUGGACUGGGCCGUGCGUCGGUAUUCCCAUCAGCACAUUCUCGAAUGACGUGGUCACUCUUUGGUAUCGUCCCCCAGACGUGCUUCUUGGAAGUCGCACGUACAACACCAGCAUAG